UUUUCUCUCUCUUCCAAGAUAACAAUGACCAACACCCCUGAUUACACUAGAAUCCAACAGGAAGACUUCAAAAAAUCUUCAUUAUACAAAUCUAUUGAUUUGGCAAGCUCCAGCCUCGGAACAAGUAUUGUUGAAGUAACAGAUGAAUUUUUUGCACCCGCCAUCAUGAUGAUUAAUCCCGAACCAGCUAUCUCUUGUCCUGACAAGUUUAUUGAUACCGGUCUCUGGAUGGACGGAUGGGAGUCUAAGCGUCACAAUCCUACUUACGAUUGGUGUAUCCUUAAGCUCGGAUUUGCUGGUUCUUUCAUUGGUUUUGAUAUCGAUACCAGUUUUUUCACUGGAAAUCAAGCGCCUGCCGCCUCCGUUGAGGCAUGUUAUUGUCCUGAGGGCGAUAUUAAAAAUGCUCAAUGGACGGAAAUUCUUCCCAAAGUUGACCUUCCUCCCAAUUGUCAUAACAUAUUUGUAUUGAAUAAGCCAACUGGAAUAUACACCCAUCUUCGUUUAAAUAACUAUCCCGACGGUGGUAUCGCUCGUUUUCGUGCCUACGGAGAAGUGCAUCCCACUUUCCCCAAAGAUCCCAGUGCUUUAAUCGAUUUAGCUUUUGUUGGUCACGGCGGUCGAUCUGUGCAAGUGAGCGACGAACAUUACGGACCUGGUGACUUUUUAGUUUUACCUGGUCGAGGUAAAAAUAUGGGCGAUGGAUGGCAAACCGCCCGUUCUCGUGCCAAAGGACAUUCUGAUUACGUGAUUCUUCGUUUGGGAGAUAAAGGGCAUAUCUUACAAGCCGAAGUUGAUACUUCUCAUUUUAAGGGAAACUUUCCUCAUCAAAUCAAAUUAGAAGGUACCUUUUCCGAGGCUCAUAUACCUGAACCAGAAGCUACAUGGUUUACACUUGUUGAGCCUUCCAGCACUGGCCCUCAUGGGGUCUUUUAUUUUGAUACUGCUUAUACAGAAAAAGUUUUUACACAUGCCAAAAUCUCCAUUAUACCUGAUGGUGGCAUUAAACGCCUUCGUUUGUAUGGUAUCCGAGCUGGCGGUAAAAUUCCCGCUUUGCCUAUUAUUGCCCCUUCUGUUCCUCAAAACGCAAUCAUUGCCGAACCCUUGACUUCAGAAGCUUACGCCCCCUAUGGCCAAGUUAUACAUACCGGCUUUACAGAAUUUGUGACUAGUGCCAAUCAAGGUACAGCAGAGAAACACCAUGGAGUGGCCCAAGUUCAAAAUAAUUUCCCUAACGGUGCAGGUAAAAUUAACAUGUGUGUGUUUCAUUGCCGCCCAACCAACGAGUUGCCAUUUACUGUAAAGUUACUGGAGAGACAUCCUUAUUCUAGCCAGGCCUUUAUUCCGAUGACUGACGGAAAGACACGUGGUUAUCUUGUUAUCGUCGCUCUUAACGGCAAGGAUGACAAACCCGAUAUGUCCACAUUGAAGGCUUUUAUUGCUACCACAAAACAAGGUAUUAACUACGGUCCUGGUGUUUGGCAUCAUCCUAUGGUUGUCUUGGAACAUGAAGCUGAUUUUGCUUGUAUUGUUCAUGAAAGUGGAGUUCCUCAAGACGAUUGCAAUGAAGUGGAUACACCUCAUGUAAUUGUUCAAGUGCCUGGUUAUCAUAUUUUUUAAAGUUAUAAACAUAGCGUCAUUGUUUACAUAAUAAACAUAUAUGCAACAACUGAGAAGAAAGUUAUAUUACUG